GCGGCGGCGGAGGCGGGGCCCGGUGCCGGGGCCUGUCCGUGUGUCCGGCCCGGGGCUGCCCGGGGAGCGGCCUCUCCCCCCGCUGCCCGUCCGCCCGUGCCCGCAGCCCCGGCAGGGCAGGACGAUGGUGCAGAGCCCGCCCGCACGGCAGCGCCGCCGCCUCUGAGCCCCGCCCGGCCCGGGGGCCUGAGCCCCGCCGCGGACGCCGGUGAACAAUCAGAAUAAUGUUCUACAUAAACCUGUUGGAGAACCUGAAGGUUUAUAUCAGCAGCCGCCCUCCGCUCGUGGUCUUUAUGAUCAGCGUGAGCGCCAUGGCCAUCGCCUUCCUGACACUGGGCUACUUCUUCAAGAUCAAGGAGAUCAAAUCCCCAGAAAUGACAGAGGACUGGAAUACUUUCCUGCUGAGGUUUAAUGAUUUGGACUUCUGUAUAUCUGAGAAUGAAACCUUGAAGCACCUCCUGAACGACACCACAACUCCAGAGAGCACCGUGACCAGCGGCCAGGCCAGGUCUUCCACGCAGUCCCCACAGACCCUCGAGGACUCUGGUCCCAUCAACAUCUCUGUCACCAUCACGCUGACCCUGGACCCUCUCAGACCUUUUGGGGGAUACUCUCGCAAUGUCACACACCUCAGCUCCACAAUUUUUGGGCACCAGAUUGGACUUUCAGGCAGAGAAUCCCACGAGGAGAUAAACAUCACCUUCACCCUGCCAGCUGCCUGGAAUUCUGAUGACUGUGUCCUGCACGGCCACUGCGAGCAGGUCGUGUUCACCACCUGCAUGACUGUGACAGCAGCCAGCAACGUGUUCCCAGUCACAGUUCAGCCACCACAUUGUGUUCCUGAAACCUACAGCAAUGCCACUCUGUGGUACAAGAUCUUCACCACGGCCAGGGACUCGAACACAAAAUAUGCCCAGGAUUACAACCCCUUCUGGUGUUACAAGGGAGCAAUUGGCAAAGUCUACCAUGCUUUAAACCCCAAACUAACUGUUAUAGUUCCAGAUGAUGACCGCUCUCUAAUAAACCUGCACCUCAUGCACACCAGUUACUUCCUCUUUGUGAUGGUGAUCACAAUGUUCUGCUAUGCAGUCAUUAAAGGCAGACCAAGCAAACUGAGGCAAAGCAACACAGAAUUCUGCUCUGAAAAGGUUGCUUUGUCAGAAGCAUAAAAACCCCCCCUGUCCUCCUGAGAACGACGAAACCAUUGCCUGCUGAACCCAGCCUGGGUCUUAACACUCUGUGAAUCCAUUACCUUGCAAUGUUGGUUUAUUCCAACCAAAGACAUUUCAAAGUGCCUGUAAUUGAUUUGUACAUAUUUAUAAAAGCAGAAUAUCCAGAGUAAUUCUGAGCAGAUGUGCUUGUCCCCUGGCCCUGCCCUGGGACAGCCCCAUGGUGGUGUAGAUAACUCCACUGAAAAGGCUCCACAGAGGCAGAGAUUUUUGUCUAGCUGCACCUGGGCAGGUGAAGAUGCCUUUGCAAGUGUCUCAAACCAACCAAGAGAUGUUUGGUUUUUUGCCCAACCUGUACAGUGUGUUUGAACCAAGUAUGCACCUUUGAUAUAAUCCUGCAUUUCCAAAGCCACCAAUCUACAACAUGAAUUCAAUGUGUGUUUGUGUGGCCUAAUACUUUAUUCCAUUUGCUCCUUGCUUGCAAGAAAAGAUAUCAACGUUUUAGAUUUUUUUUUCUCUUUUGGAAAAAAAAAAAUACAUAUUCACAUUUUAAUAGUGCUGUAUUUAGGACAAACUUGUGCUUUUAUUCAUAGUAAAGAAAUUAAGAAGUGAAGUCCCAUUUUAAACUGUUACUUGCUGAAAAGAACUGUUUGAUUUUUUUGUUCUGUUUUGGUUUGUUUUUUUGGUUUGUUUUUUUGGUAUUUCAUUUGGCUUGCUGAAUGCCAGAGAACCAGUCAGCACAGAGACUAUCUGGAAAACUUUUCCACUUGGCCUCCCCUCCCCAGCCCUCCAGCCAGGAUCGUGUGUCUCUGCUGCAGAGCAGCUGUCUGUAAGCUUUUUUUUUUUUUCUAUUUUCUUUCUUUUCUUUCUAGAAAGUGAAACUUAAUAAAAAGAUGUAUUGUGUUAGCAGCCUGCUGGGGCUCUGCACAGCCUUGGUCAAGUGCAAAGAGUGAAAGGAAAAGAGAUCCCAGAGUCUGUUCCAGAGCUUCCCUCUGGGACUGUGCCUGCAGCUCUGAGGGGCAGCAGCCCCUGGCCCUGCUGGGCUCUGGCCCUUUAAAUUCAUUAAAUUGCCAUUUUCUGCUGUCCACCCAGGGGAAAAUGGCCACAAAAGUGGGGCUCUUGUGAGGAAGGUCAAAGAAACCACCCAGUGAAACCCCUUCUGUUCUCUGUGUCCAUUCUCCUGUCAGAGAUUUGGUUCUUGCAUUUCUCCAUUCUGCCUUUUGCUGGUUUUUCUUGUGGUUCCUUGAGCAGCCUCCUCAGUUUCAGGGGUCAGGCUCUCCUGCAGACACUUCCACUCCUGCUUUUAAAUCUCACUGGUUGCCUUAAUUGACUUUUUACUUUUCUCCCAGCUUUCAUUCAUUCCUUGAUUCCUUCCCACAGGCUUUUUUUCCUCUUCCUUUUGCUCCAAACUCCACAGAAGAAAAAAGCCAAGUAAGAAUCUCAUAGUCUCAGUGAUGCUGGCAGAAAAUUCCCAGUUUGUUCCCUCCAGACACCACUCCUGGUCUGUGUGUGUUGGGACUUCAGUAAGUUCACGAGUGUUAAGGGUGUUUGAGCAGUCACAGUUUUGUUUCCUCCCACAGUUUCAGUUCCCUAAGUGGGAUUACCUGACAUGUUUUCUUCCAGGGAAUGUUAAGGCAAAGCUUUAGAGAUGGCCUGGUUUGAAGUUUAGGGAUAAAAAGAAGCUCCCAAUUUUCUCCUGAUGCUGCUGUGGGCUGCUGCUGCUUCCCUGGGAUGAGGCAGGGGAGUGAAACAGGCCAAGAGCUUCUCCUGAGCUGUUCCUAAAUCCCAGCCUGAGCUGUUCCUAAAUCCCACAAGCCCAGCCUUCCGUGCUAAUCCUCAUUCCAAGAGCUGCCUCUGAGAGUGGCUGGAUCUUGGGCCCAAAGGCAGGAAUAGGAGAUGGACUGGGAGAGAGGAAUCCUGGAAAUACCCAAAAACCACCCAACAUCCCCCAAAGCAAAGCAAAUCCUUUCUCCUUCAAAAAAUUCCAGCUCCAAACGUCCCAGCUGGAAUUUGGGCUGUCGGGGGAACCAUUUGGGAAUGAAAGGAACCUCCUUGGCAACUUCUCCCCCACUUUCUGCACCCCCAGGAAUAUUAAAGAUUGUCACCCACAGAUGCAGAAGGGAGAACGUUGGAGAGUUGGAUUUUUGGCCUUAGUUAUCCUUCUGCCCCCUGUAUUGCAGCAGGGAGGUGCAGGCUGUCCCAGCAGGCCAAGUGCUGGAAUGCUGAGGAAUAUUGGAUUGUUCCCAGGCGAUGUACAAAGUUAAAUGCAGCCAAACAGAAGAGUUAAAACUUAAUAUUAAAGUUCAGAUCAUAUUGAUCUUUCCUUUUUUUGUUUUCUUUUUUCUUUUUAACUAUGACUUGAAUCAGUUUUGAUUCUAUUUGUACGUGUUUUCUUGUUCUUAGAAAGCUGCCAUUUUCUUUUUUUUUCUUUUUUUUUUUCAUUUUCUUUGGCAUUACAUAGAAAAUCUGAGCCUUGGUUUCAACCCUCUGCAGGUGAUUGUAGGGUUCGAGAUGGCUGUUUUUUGGUUUUUGUUUUGUUUUGUUUUGUUCUUACAUUUCACUUGUCUUGUUGCAUGAUGGUUAAUAGCUGAUUUGGAAAUGACAUUUCUCUCCUAGAUUAAUUUUUGUGUUUGUAAGAUGUGCAUAUUGCUUUGCAGAAUAAAAACUAUGAAGUUUA